ACCGCACGGGUCUACAGGUAUCACCGAGCUCGGUUGUGUCUUAGUGAAUGCUAGUCAGCACACUUAGUUUGCUCAAUUCGUCACCUUGCUGUCGACCUUUAAUCUUGAGCCCACAGAUACUCCGUUUUCUAUCGUCCUAAAGUGAUAUCUCCGGCACGUAGCGAACAUCCCUCCUGGUGUAGCUUUUGAUAUUCAGUCCCUUCGAGACUCAACCCCUCUGUCGAUCACACUCUUUGGAAGCAAAAACAUGCUCCAUACCUUUUCCGCCGUUUACCUUGCCACUAUCGUCUUCGCGCUAUGCACCGCAGUCUCAAGACAUCCCUCCACCGCCAUGGAAUUGGUACCUGUCCGGGAGAGCCAUCCUGAUAGCACCAUGUAUUUGUGGCGGCCGUACACAGUGUACUUUGUUGGCGACAGGCACUUUGACCCCCUCCAACGAGUUGUACCCAGAUCCGAAAAUAUUACGCAGUUUGACCUCUACGCACAGUCAUAUCUAAAUAUGAUGGUGUAUUACUUCAGAGAACAAUUCUACGGCUGUGAUGUCAAAAUCAAGGUCAUAGGAACACGUAUCUUUACCGUUCAGGAAGAAGAAUUAUACCUCCCAAAAAUCUCGAGAGACGGACGGAUACUUGCUGAUUUGCGAAAUGUAACAUUCGAGGAAUUUUUUGCCCUGAAUCCCGAAGUGGACGCCGCGGAUAUAGUGGUUUUUCUCACGGGGUACAGUUCCCUAUCCAGCUACGAUUAUCAGAACGCGUACUCCCCAGACGAGUCCAGAAUUUGCACUCGGGACAAAUACAUUGUGCUCACUGAUCAAGCCUUUAGUUACGCUGCAUACGUCGACCUUACGGGGCUGCUGCAAAACAUGAUGGGAGUUGAAGAGUACGAUCCUUCCGAGAAUGUUUGCCUCCGCAUUCAGAACGCAUACAGACAGUCUCUCACCGGGAAUGCGGUUUCAAAUGGAGAGCCUGUCCUCUGUUACAACACAAUGAACACCUGCUGCCUACCACAUUUCUACGGAAUAUACAACCUACGCAGAGAACCUCUUUGCAAGCGUUACAACGGCUGGGAGAUAAUAUGGCUGAAGGACAUCCCCGCACUACGGACAAUGCUACGGAAAAACCCGAUUGAUGACUUCUCCUUACAUGGACUAUUGAUGAAGCAACAGGGCCACGAGAACAACAACGCCCCAAACGACGACUUCCCGAGGAGGUCACCUUAG